GGUUUUCCAGGCCGUGGCUCCGCACUACGAGGACCAGAAGCGAGGCUACCCAGCGGCGACCAGUGCGGAGCCCACGCCCCCGGACCAAGCUGCUCCAGCUCCCGGCGCACGCGGCUCCGGGAGGGCGCAAAGGACCGGACCCCCGACAACCACAGGCCGUGGGGGCGGGGCCUGCAGCCGGCCGGCCUCCCCCCCACCCCCCCACGCCCCGCGGCCCCUCCACCCCACUUCGCCGAGGCCCGGAAGGGACCAGUCGCGCUUCCGUCUCCGCCGGGGAGGCACGGAGGGCGGAGCUGCAGCCAGAGGACGCGACGCGAGCCCAGUUCCGGCGAGGAGGCCGCGCCAGUGACAGCGAUGGCGGCGGAGUCGGCGCUCCAAGUUGUGGAGAAGCUGCAGGCGCGCCUGGCCGCGAACCCGGACCCGAAGAAGCUAUUGAAAUAUUUGAAGAAACUCUCCACCUUGCCUAUUACAGUAGACAUUCUUGCGGAGACCGGGGUUGGGAAAACGGUAAAUAGCUUGCGAAAACAUGAGCAUGUCGGAAGCUUUGCCAAGGACCUAGUGGCCCAGUGGAAGAAGCUGGUUCCUGUGGAACGAAAUACUGAGCCUGAUGAACAGGACUUCGAGAAGAGCAAUUCUCGAAAGCGCCCCAGGGAUGCCCUUAAGGAGGAGGAGGAGGUAGAGGGGGACUACCCAGAAAGCUGGAAAGCCUCCGGUAGCCAGUCGUUUAGUCCUGAUAACAGACAGAAAAAACACAGAAAACUCUCAGAGCUUGAGCGCCCUCACAAAGUAUCUCACAGUCAUGAGAGGAGAGACGAGAGAAAGAGGUACCACAGAGUUUCUCCAGUUUACUCUUCAGACCACGAAUCUUCCGAUUACGGCCAUGUUCAGUCCCCACUGUCAUCCGCCAGCCCUCAUCAGAUGUCUGUGGACCAUUACAGAUCCCUGGAGGAGGACCAUGAGCCCUUUGUUUCACACCAGAAGCCUGGCAAAGGCCACAGUAAUGCCUUUCAGGACAGACUGGGGGUCAGUCAAGAACGACACCUGGGUGAAGCCCAAGGGAAAGAGGUCGUGAGUCAGAGCAAGGAGCACAGAUCUUCCCAUAAAGAAAAACGUCCGGUGAAUGCCAAAGGAGAUGAGAAGUCUUCUUUGAGCAGAGAAAAAUCACACAAGGCCAUCUCCAAAGAGGAAAACCGGCGGAGGCCACCCUCAGGGGACAGUACAAAGGAGAAACCGCCCUCUAGUGGUGUCAAGAAAGAGAAGGAAAAAGAGGGCAGCACCAAGAAGGUUUUACCCCCCUUGGAGGUGGCAUCAGACAACCACCUUAAAAAGCCAAAAUAUAGAGACCCAGAGAAAACCAAAUCAGACAAAAACAAGCAGAGUCUAGAAAGCUUAGACAUAGGCAAGAGGGCAGGAGACCUGUUGCCCAAGGCAAAAGAGAAGGUUUCUAACAACCUAAAGACUCAAGAAGGAAAAGUAAAACCUCAUUCAGAUAGAAAGUCAGUGGGCUCCUUUCUUAAAGCUGAGGAGGCAGAUAUGGAUGAUGAAUUCGAGCAGCCCACCAUGUCUUUUGAGUCAUACCUCAGCUAUGACCAGCCCCGGAAGAAAAAGAAAAAGAUUGUGAAAACUUCAACCACGACUCCUGGAGAAAAAGGAUUUAAAAAACAUGAUUCAAAAAGCACUAGUAAAAACUUGGACUCAGUUCAGAAAUUACCUAAGGUCAAUGAAAACAAGUCAGAGAAGCUUCCGCCAGCUGGAUCCCAUUCAGCCAAGCUGAAAAAGGUCCCCAGCGAUGUGCUGCCAGUGUUACCAGACCUUCCAUUACCUGUGAUACAGGCCAAUUACCGCCCACUUCCUUCCCUUGAAUUGAUGUCUGCCUUCCAACCAAAGCGAAAAGCACUCUCCUCACCCCAGGAAGAGGAAGAAGCUGGAUUUACCGGACGAAGAAUGAAUUCCAAGAUGCAGGUCUAUUCUGGUUCCAAGUGUGCCUAUCUCCCCAAAAUGAUGACCUUGCACGAGCAGUGCAUCCGGGUGCUUAAAAACAACAUUGACUCAAUCUUUGAAGUGGGAGGCGUCCCAUAUUCUGUUCUUGAACCUGUUUUGGAGAGGUGUACACCUGAUCAGUUAUAUCGCAUAGAGGAAUACAAUCACGUAUUAAUUGAAGAUACGGAUCAAUUAUGGAAAGUUCAUUGUCACCGAGACUUUAAGGAUGAAAGGCCAGAAGAGUAUGAGUCGUGGCGGGAGAUGUACCUGCGGCUUCAGGAUGCCCGAGAGCAGCGGCUGCGAGUCCUCACAAAGAAUAUCCGAUCUGCGCACGCCAAUAAGCCCAAAGGCCGACAAGCAAAAAUGGCCUUUGUCAACUCUGUGGCCAAGCCGCCUCGUGAUGUUCGAAGGAGGCAGGAGAAGUUUGGAACAGGAGGAGCAGCUGUGCCUGAGAAAAUCAGGAUCAAGCCAGCGCCGUACCUCUCAGGAAGCAGCCGCUUGGGCAGUGGCGGCAGCAACAGCUUUAACGCCAGCCCCGAGGAGCCGGCCUACGACGGCCCGAGUACCAGCAGUGCCCACUCGGCACCCGUGGUCAGCAGCGCUGUUUCCUGUGAUCCUAGGAAACCGACUGUGAAGAAAAUUGCCCCAAUGAUGGCCAAGACGAUUAAAGCUUUCAAGAACAGAUUCUCCCGACGAUAAACUGAGGACUUACCUUGGAAAUGAAAUUUGCGGAGAGGAAUACGAGGACAGUGGGGGUUGGGGAAUGGAACUUCCAGAGGAGACCAGGAUCUUUCGCUUCGUGGAGGCUUUUGGUCUCCGAGUCCUGCACAGUCGGCAGGCGUCGUGCCUGUACCUGUGUCCGCAGCUGCCGCCUCCCUGCCUGGCGAGCACUUCCGAGUUCUGAAGAAGAUGUGAAGCCUCACGCUCACUGAGGAUUUUAAGGUCAAUUGUACCUUUGUUGUUAAUUACCUUCUUUGUAAACUAUAAGACAUAGUUUUAAUUAAUAAAUAUUGCCCCAGAUUGUAUUUAUAUUA